GGGAGAGAAAGAGAGUAGAGGAGGAGAUACCGGUAACGACGUGAGAAGACAUCCAGCCGGUGAACGGGUGAGACGUUACAAAAAAUUAGGGAACCGCGACAACAGCAAAGAAAAAGCAUCUCCCGGUAAAACAGCUGGAACUACAACGACACGGCUAGAAACGGCCGUUGUGAGCGUAACGGUCAGGUUUAAAAGCCUUUGAACGCAGCCGGUUCGCUCGUUAUCACUUUGUAAUUAAACAGAAAUCAAGAGUGGGCUUUCGUGAAAGUGAAAACUACCAAGCUAAGGUCCACUAAGAGUCUAUAGUGGUUUGGCUGAAUCUCCAGUGGGAGCCCGGUGUCAAGCUGUGAUCUGGACUCACCUGCUACAUCCACUACUUCCAGACCUCCGGGGCAAGAAACACGGGGGGAUUUUUAAAAAACACAGCCGAGCCUGUAGUAUCUCCGUUCCGAAGAGGAGGAGGAGGAGGUGGUGGUGGAGGAGGAGGAGGAGGAGGAGAGCACGGCAGGCACAAAGAGCGGAGAGCAUCCAGAGAGAGGGGAGGCAGGAGGACGGGACAACAACGGGGACCCAACAGAGAGCAUCCCUAUUUCACAUCUGAUCCACAUCACUCUGCACACAGACACCAUCUAAAAAACGGUGAGUGUUUUCAUAUAUAUAUGUAUCCUGUACAUUUCCCUGUGUUGUUUUGCUCGGUGUGUGCGUGUGCGCGCGUGCGUGUGUAUAUGUGUAUGUGUACAUUGAGAGGGGGGGGAUCGGACAAAGAGCAAGGGAGCCCCAUGACAUCCGUGCGUAUGCUGUAACCUACAGCUGGCUAAACAAAGAAACCGCUCUGUUGCGAUGAUUUACCCCCAAUCACGCCGUCUCUUCUCUUUUUCAGUGUGUAGGGAUCCUGAGCGCUGUUUAUACAUCAAAAGGUAAUGCACGCUUUUGGAUAUUUUCGAUUUCUAUCUAUUUAAUUAGAGAGAAAUAAAAGUCACAUGAUUGGUUUUUGAUUAGCUAAUUAACAUUUGCAUAAUUGUUUUAGCAAAAGCUACUGGAGCCCUUUGUCAUCAGGCUAGGCGAUAAUUACUCACACUCUGAUCUGUACAUUUUCACACAUUUAGGACAAGUAUUAGGAUAUAAAAUAAAGCAUUUUGUUAAAAAAAUUUGUUAAAAUUUUUGUUAUUUAUUUUAGCCUUGCAUCUAUGAGUUUGAUUAAAUAAAUGUAAUACAUGUCAAGCCAAAAUAUGCAAAUAUUAAGAAAAAUAAUGUGAUAGUGUUGAUGUAUUAAACUGAAAAACUCUCCUAUAAAAGUAAUCAAAAAUGAUAACCUCGAAUCAAACUGUUUCUUAGUAGUCUUUUUAUUGUCCACUUCUUCAACUGCCGCCACUCAUCCAGCUUCAUUUGCUCCCUCCAGGGAUACCUACUCCUGAUCUGUCUGCCCCUUGGCCCCCGCAGUAACCAGUCGUCUUCUCCACACUGUCCCGAUGAAGGAGGCCGACGCCAUCAAGCUGUUUGUGGGGCAGAUUCCCCGGAAUCUGGAAGAGAAGGACCUCAAGCCUAUCUUCGAGCAGUUUGGCAAAAUCUAUGAGCUAACUGUGAUAAAGGACAAAUACACUGGCAUGCACAAAGGUGGGUCUCAGCCUUAAAACACAGGCUUUCCUUAGACAGAGAGCUGAAAACUAGAUAGGUAGACGUGUGACAUAAAGGCAGAUAGAUGGGUGGAUUUUCCUUUGCUGAGUGUCACAUAUCACCAUGGAAACUGUCACACCUCCUCCCGUCUACUUCUCCUGUUAACGCUUUGACAUGAGAGCAUGAAGACAAGCGAACAAACUCACUGACACAAAUAGGAGUCAGAAUUUACUACGAAAAGGAACCUGUGCAAAGCUGUGAUGAAGAGCUUUGGACACCAUGGUAUGAAGACAGCAGAACUGAGAGCCUCCUAAUGGUGUUAAUGAUUAGGUAGCUUGAAAUAAUGGCCCCCCUUCAACCAAAGAUAGGUAAUAAACAGUAGAAAACACAUGCACACACUGUUUCCAACACACACAUACACAUACGCACACACGCGCGCACUGACCUGGGGGUCCUGUGUGUUAUGAACAAGAUUAGGCUGUAUGCUCCAAUCAGUGUAAUGGCUCUGUAAGCCUGGGUGACACAGGGGAAAGAGUCUGUUGUUUUGAGAAUCCCCACGGCCACAGUAAGCCCCUCUUAAAAGCAAUGAGAUGGACCAUAAGAUGUGUGUGUGUGUGUGUGUCCGUGUGUGUGUGUGUUGUGUAUUUUCCCGUAUGUCGAGUCAUUCUUAGUUCUUCUGACGUACGUUUUGUGUGAAUGUUUUCUUCCUAAUCGUCAAAUCUUCUCUUCUUUACUCUGGCUCUACAUUAGUGUGUCUGGAUGCUAACCUACUGCUAAUCUUGUUGUCUUAGUGCUGGUGACAGGUGUAGUAAACAGCCCUGGCCAGCCAGCUCUGCUACCUACCCCUCCCUCACACACACAGACACAGGUACAGCACAUAGGAGAAACAGAGGGAGUGUAUUUGGAGUGAUCGUGAGGCAUGCAUAGUGGUUGGUAUAGGGAAGGAACUUGACUGUUCCCAGCCUGUGAGGCCUUGUUAGCCCCACGCACACGUCUGUGGUGCUGUCAUGUGUGCUGACUCGUGCCGUGACGUUUCUGAAAUGUGCCGUGCUGUGGAGUGUCCUUCUCUGCUCUAGAGUGCAUCAUCAUGGUGUUGUCAAGUUUAGUUACAGUGCAUGAUUUUAUAUUUCUAAGCUCUCGCACAGUAUUUCCACAGCAAUAGCUUGAAGUAGUUUUGAAGUAAACAGGGACGGCAUAAGAAAACAGGGACAUUUAAAUGAUUUAAAUUGCGUGUGACUGUGUGUGUGUGUUUUUGUAGGGGGUAAUACAGAGACAGAGAUAGAGAACGACAAAUAUUAGAGUUGCUUGCUGACCUUUUCUACCUUUACUUCUUUUUCUUUCUCUCUCUCUCUGUCUCUUUCUAUCGGACAGGAUGUGCGUUUCUGACGUACUGUGCCAGAGAGUCAGCGCUGAAAGCUCAGAGCGCUCUUCACGAGCAGAAAACACUACCAGGGGUAAGUACACACAAACACACAUGUAUGUAUGUUUACACCGACACAUCCUCAAACUUAUGCAACAAUGCACACAAGCACGCACAUACGCUCAAAUCACAAAAGCACCCCCCUCCUCACACACACUCAAAUACACACAGAUGCUGCCAACUACACACACGCGUACACAGAAGCGCUCAGAUCAGUAUGUGUGUGUGUUAUUGGAAGUUCAGCUCCCAUUAGUAACACUGUGACAUAACUCAGCAGCCAGUAGGCGUCUUGCUGCUAAGGACAAACACUACCUCUCACAGGAGACACAUAGGGUCUGCGGGCAUUAUCAUCUCCAUUUCUCUGUCGCUCUCUGUCUCUCCAUCUCUCCGUCAGUCCCCUCUCCUGUUACCCUCCGGUGAUAGCUCCCGCCUGGAGAGAGUGUGUAAUUAAUGUAGCCGUUCCCCUUUGUCUCAUCUCAGUCUCCCUCAGUCUCUCCUGUGAGGGAUCGUGUGCUGCGGCUGGGCUCGGGGUAGGACACUGUUCAUUAUGGAUGGGGCACAGUGCAAGAUUCGCGUCUGUCUCUUGGGCUGUACCUCUCUGUCGCUCUUUCUCUAUUUUUUUCCCUCUCUGACCUGGUUUCCGCUGCACUCAGAGGCUGAUAUUUACAGUAACUGUUUUGGGAAAUUGAGCGUUUCAACCUUUUUUUUUUUAACUCUUCUACUAAGCGUACAGAGGGUGCUUUGAUAGUAUGGGGUGUUUUGUAGGGAUGAGGCUGACAUUUUGCAGCAGUUGUAACAAAAUGUACCUUCAAUGUCUCUGUUGAGUAUUUUCCAUCUCGCUCUUUCUGUCGCCUUGCUAUGAUCAGAGUUUCAGUUUCUGCACCUUCUCUGCAAGCUGGGGUGUUGAUAAGAUCUCUGUGAGAAAAUGGUUGGAAGAGUGCCUGAAAAGAAGGCUUUGGGGGAGGGGAAAUGUUCUGAAACACUCCAACACAAAUCCCCGCGUACAUACAUAUUUCAAUCACGCAUGCUUCCCAUGCUGCUGGAGCAUGCUUCAUACUAACGCAGCAUGUUAAUAAUGACAUUAAUCCAAUUAGGGCCCACUAAGGAGUCUGACCUUUCUACUGUCUACUGAGUCCCAUUCCUCUUUCCUGCGCUGCCCUUUGUCCUUUGACUCAUUCUCUAACAUUAUCCGCUGGCUUUUACUUCAUCCUUUCCUGUUUGUGACAUCAAUAACAGGAUCCUUGCAGGAGAAGAUAGUUUGCAGCACACUUCCAGAUUAAUUGUGAUAAAUAUUCUUGGAGACUUGGAGGAAACAUUUGCGAGGAGCAUACUCGUUAGCAGUAGAGAUUUGCUUAAGAGCCAGCACACACACAAUCAGAGGCCCCACUCCCUAGAGGAAGAAUAGUGCUGAAAUGAGGGUGUGGCGAUUGUGUGCUGGUUUUUCAAUAAGACUGGACUGUUAAUGAGCAACAUUAUUGGCUUUUCUCGAUUAGGAGUAUCUUGCUUUUCUAUUUGAGCCUUACAGAAGAGCAGUAGUAUCCCUUACUCUGUUUGGAAGUCUUUGCAGUGAACAACUUGCAAAAAUAUAAACAUUUAUGGUUGAUGAAUGACAAUAAAUUGAGCACAGAUGUGCACAAAGUCACACAGAAUCAUAGAUUUUUUGACUCAUUUUCCAAACAAUGUAGUUACGAUUUUAAUUACCAGUUAUUUUCGUGAUUAAGCAAUAAAUCAUUUAAGCACUAAUUGUUAGAGAUGUGAAAAAUGGAUUUUUCCCAAUUUUGAAAAUUGUUUUGUCAGGAUAUUCUCAGAAGUAAAUGUGUUUUUAAAUUGCCUCUUUUGUCUGGAAACCACAGACUUUUCAUCAACUCUUAUUAGAAACAAAGAAAAGAAGCAAACUCUCAUAUCACAGAGGAGGAAAACAGCAAAUGUUUGGCUUUUAUUACUUGGGAACGAACAGAAAAAUUAAUCGAGGAAAAUAGAUUUUAUUCUUCUUUGAUCUACAAUUAAUCUAGUAAAACAGUGCGGCUUAGAGGAACGAGACAGAUCUUUUCUCCAAAUAUUUCCAAAGCAGUGUCUUUGUUUUAGCCUGAAGGCUGCCUCCUAGUCCUCCCCGUCUCUGCUGGAAAGUUUCACUCCGCUAUCACUUACCUCUACCUGUCUAUAUCCACUCUCUAAGCUGAGCAUCUUCUUUCUCCUCCCUUUUCUUGUCUUCAACCAUUUUUGACAGGAUUUAGAAAUGACUUCAGACCGUUUCUUUUCCCUGUCACAUGUCUACUCCAUUGUCCAAUUCUUUUCUUUCCCAAAGAAUUGCUUUUUAUCCCUCCUUUACGCCUCCUUUUCUUUUUUGUCCACUAACCCACUAUGCUGUCCCUCUUUCUAUUUUAUCUCUUCUUCCCCUUCAAAUCCCCUCUGUCCUCUGUUCAACUCCUCCCCUCACAUCCCCCAGUUUCCUUGCACCAGUAAAAUAUUACAGAAUGUUCUCUUCUCUACGCCCAGCCCUGUCAUCGCUCGCUCCUCUUCCUCCCUAAAAUCUCUUCAUGGUAUCCUUCUUUCAUCCCCCCCUCUUCUCCUCCUACUGUCUUAUACUCGUUUUUUUCCCUCACUGCACACUCACACUUCCUCCUCGGAUUCUCAUUUCACAGUCAUUUAUGGUAACCCUUCUUCUAAGUCCUCCUCUCGACGUCAGUCCUUUCUCGCGCUCUCUCCAUCACCCUCCUCCCCCCCUCGCAGUUCCUCUACCCCUCGUCUCAUUUCCCCUCCUCUUGAUUAGUUGACCCUUUUGACCGUUUCACACCCCCAUCUCCUCCCUCUCCUCCCUCUUCUUUCCCCGGCUCCACUUGUUAAGCUGCAUGAUUAGUUUCUCACAAACUCAUUUUCAUAGUCAGAUCCCGGGCUUGCAAUGGGGCAAGAGGGACACGGAGGUGUGUGUGCAUGCAUACAUGUGUGCGUUUUUAAUUGCAGAUUCUGGUGAAACGUCAGGCGGCUCAUACAAUUUUAAUGUGGCUGUAGCAUCACACGCUCAUACAGAUGUGUUUCUCUUCCUAUGCCGGUGACAAGUCUGAUGCUGCAGAGCUCUUCUGCCGCUUCUGUCUGCCACUCACUGAUGGGAUUUAACGCUGAUUUAACAGUUCCAACCAGCCAGUAGAGAAAAGAGACAAACACAGAGAACUUCAAAGAAACUAUACCCCACUCAAAAACCCUGCUAGCUGCAGCAGGGGCAGUCGACUGUUAGGUCGGAAAAUGAGGAAAAAGGGACAGAGGGAUUGAGAGAUAGAGCGAGAGAGAGAGAUGAACAGAUGGCCUUAUCAGAGUGUCCUGUGCCUUGUGUUUAAUUUGGACACAGAGAGGAAAGAGAAGCACAGAGGGAGCAUGAGAUGAAGCGAGGGAGAGGAAGAGACUUACAUUAUAUUAGUCACAGUGGCAGAAAUUCAACAGCGGAACCACAAGCAAGUCCCACUGUCGUGCACAGAUGUUUCGGUGUAUUAGAUGUGGUGCUGUGAUUCCCUCUGGGAUGCAUCCACAUGAAAGAGCUCAUGUUUUGCUGCCGCACAUCAGUGCUAAUUUGCACUUGGAAAUUGAAUUUUUUCAUCCUUUUUUGCAUGCAGGGUUCGCACUUAAUGGAAAUAAUGAGGGAAAUAUCCUCUGAGAUAAAUUUUUUUUGCUGUCAUAAAUGUGUUUUGGGGGGCUUACCUUGUCGAGGCUAAAAUAGUAGAAGUAUGCAUAAUAUUGUGAAAUGAGUGUACAGGACACACAAGAACAAAAACAACACACGAAGGAGUGUGUGUUAGAUUUGGUUGAUUCAGUCACAUUGGAAGAUAUGUUGCACCGCCGGCUAUUGUCCUGCUAAUUCAGAGGGUCGGUGGCAGGAGGCUGACGGCAUGUGUCUGAGGUCAGAGGUCAGGGCUAACCGUUGAGUCUAAUCGCUGAAAAACUUUCCGGGGACAUUUAAAGGGACAUCACCACUGCUUAUACUGUUUGGACAACCUUUAUGUGGCACAAUACAUCUGAAAGAAGGGUUUGGAUUUGUCUACGAUGAAAAAUAUAGAACCGUAAUUAGUUUUAAUGCAUUUUUCAAUAACUCAGGAGUAAUUUCAUUUGGGUAACAAUUACCCAGGCAGAGUUGAAUCCUCAUAAUCUAAGAAGCAGCUACAAUAAUCAUCAUUCACACCCUGAAAGGGGUUGAAGAAAACCCAUGUACACCAAAGAAUCACAAUAUUUUGUUUUGUGAUACUGAUGAUUCUCAAAAAGAUCGAAUUGUAGUUCAUGUACAAUGAUAUUUUUUUCAGCCUUGUUUUUAGCCUUUUUCUUAGACUUCUUAAAAACAAGUUUUAUAUUGUUGGAUAUUACAGGGACUGAUAAAUACCACUGCAGACCCCAGUUUUCAGAUUACAGAUAAAAAGAGGAUUAAAUGGGAACCAUUUGUGAUGUAUUUUUAUUGUUUAGUUACUUUUACUCUUGCAGUUUUCUCUAAUUAGAUUCAGAAAUUACUUUUCUUACAAUAUCACAAAAUGUUCCAGUACCUUGGACAGUAACCCCUGUAUCAUAACACAAACUGACUCACCAGAUUACAGCAGAUAGGAACCUUUACCCAGAGCUCCUGCUGAUGUUUUUAGGUAAAAAGCACUGACUAAAAAAAUAUUAUUCUGAUAACUUUUGGAAAACUUUAAGUUGUUUCAACCAUUUGUAGUGUAUUUUGUCAUUUCUAUCAAAAUCAUUUCUAAGGACUCUAACAGAUCGGUGCAACAGAGAUGCCAGAAAAUGCAAAUGCACACACAGAAUUUGCUGUAAUCAGUCAUACAAAACUGUCCUUGCUUUAUCCUAAUCCCUCCAAUCCAUCCUUCCUCUUUCUCUCUCUCCCUCUGCUUGAAUUUUAACCUGGUAUCUCCCCCCCUCUCUUUUUAUCACUCUAUCUCUCCCAAGGCUACUACUGCUGUAUUUCCUCCCUUAUCUCCCCCCUUAUCUUUUCCUUUUGUUCUUUGCUGUUGAUAUCUCUCUCUCCAUUUAAUCUGCACUCUCUUCUCCCAGCGUUUAUCACUCCCUUCAUCUUUGUUCUACUUCAAACACAACGUUGGCCGACACACAAACGCACUCACACACACUCAUGUGGACACGAUCGUACACACAAACACAUUCGGGCACAUCUGUUUGGUCACGCUAGCAUCCGCAGAUCUCAGUGUAGGUGAAAUUAAAGUGUGAUAAGCAGCUUACCAGGUGUGUGUUGUCAUGCUCCACUGCUCUCCAGGCAGCACUCUGCUCCCUGUUCUUUGAUUAGAGCCAAACUGCUUGCACACACACACACACAAACAAAACCACACACACAAACACACACACACUUAUUUAUGCACACAUUGUUCUCCCCAUGACCACUUGAUGUCUAAUGAAUUAUUAAAAACGCAUGAAAAAGUGCCACGAGCAGUUAACAACAAAUGUAGUAGCAGAAGAUCAAUACACUUAUGAAAAAUAUAAUAAAAGUUUGUUGUUGUGAUAUUGAUUAAAUGCAUAUGGUAGGACAGCGUUCCUCGGGCCAUAAAUUGGGAUAAUUCUAUAGCUAUUGCGAGCUCAUGCAGAAGAUGAAUGCUUUUAUAUAUUUUAUUGAACCUGCUUGGAGAGGAGAUACAGUAGAUUCUUAAUUUAUGUUGGUGGCUGAAAUGGCUCUGUUUGUUUACAUGCACAGUUCAGACAUGCGUUGACUCGGCUGGGUACUUCCCAGAGGCAACCCAUUUACAAUUAAUGUGACAUUAAAGACAAUAGAGAUUCAUUUGCUUUGCAGCCGCAAAAAAAAAAAAAAUAUUGGAGCGUUGUUCACAAGCCUUUCUUUCAAGUACUCGGACCAAAGAACUCAGGGACCAAAGCUCUCUGUUGGUGCUGAACUUUUAGUGUUUCUGAUGUCUUUUCUGACCUCACAGACAAUAUUUUAAAGGGUUACAUGUGAAACUAGGGCUGAGAAUCACCAGUGGCCCAAUGAUACAAUAUUUUCAUGAUACUUGGGCCACGAUAUGAUAUUAUCAUGAUACUUGGGCCAUGAUAUAAAAUAUUAUCACGAUACUUGGGCCACAAUAUGAUAUUAUCAUGAUACUUGGGCCACGAUAUGAUAUUAUCAUGAUACUUGGGCCACGAUAAAAAAUUUUAUCAUGAUACUUGGGCCACAAUAUGAUAUUAUCAGGAUACUUGGGCCACGAUAUAAAAUAUUAUCAGGAUACUUGGGCCAUGAUAUGAUAUUAUCAUGAUACUUGGGCCACGAUAUGAUAUUAUCAUGAUACUUGGGCCAUGAUACAAAGUUAUCACGAUACUUGGGCCACGAUGCAAUUUUUAACAUUUUGCAAACAGUGAGUAUUGCAAUACAAUGUAUUGCGAUUUAUAUAGUUUUUUUCAACUGUUUAGCUAAUUUAGCAUUUGUCUUUCCUUUAUGUUUGCCUUAUUUACGCAGUAUUUUAUUUUCAUGUAGCACAUCUUGCAAACCUUUUAUAUAUUUGUUGUACUAACUUUCUCCUGCUCUAUGAUGUCACCUCUGCCAGCCUCAAUGGACAAACAGUUGAUUUUAUUUUUCCGUUAUCAUAGAUUUGACUUCAUAUUAGCAAUUAAUUUGAAAAAUUGACGAUACGAUAUAUCACCAGACAAAAUAUUGCAAUACUAUGCUGUAUCAAUUUUUUCUCCCACCCCUAUGUGAAACCAUUAAAAAAAUUUGUUACAGUUUUGAAUUUGCUGAAGAAGGUGGAAAAAGUCCAUGCCUGUUAAUAAAAUAACUUGACUUGACUAGGAGUCCCUCAGAAAAACUCAUAGUGGGUCACCUUUGUUGUAUAGAAUCUUGUUUGAGAUCAACUUGAGUAAAACCUCCAACAUGAUGCAAUUUCAUCUCGUUAGGUUGCCAUGUCCGCUGUGUUUAAUCUGGGAGGUUCCUCGCUGUCUCUUAACUUGUCUGUCAUCCUGCGUUUGUUGUUGAUGUGUAUUAAAGCCCCUCAGGACUUGUGACGUGUGCAUGUUGUGUAUGUUCAGUGUGUGUUUCCAUGUGGAAUCUAAGAUGCCUGGCAGGCAUCCUCCCUGUGGGGCAAAGCUAUGAUGAGCAAUUAUCCACUAGGGCGACUUAGUAGGCUAAUUUAGCAUAUUUAUGUGGUCAGCAGCACUGUUUACUAUUCCCCUUCACUGCUUACUGCUGCACUUUCAAUUUAGAACAGACCCCAGCUUCCUCUCUCAUUCACUCUCUCUCUCUGUCUCUCAUUUUCUCUCCAUCUCUUCCUCCUCUGCCAUCCCUCUGCCUCUAUCUCUCCCCGCCUGAUGGGGUUUGUGAUGUGUAUCGCUCCCUCCUCCCCCGUGCUGUUUCUCUAUUUUUAUCCUCACUGUGUGUGGGAUGGAAAGGGAGAAGAGGGACAGGUGUAGAAUCAAGUGUGUGUGCAUGUGUGUGCCAGCCGUAGAUGGAAAGAGGGGGUGCCAGAGAGAGAGAGAGAGGAGAGGGGGAGAGAAAGAUGGAGGGGGGUUUGCAGAGUAGAGGGGUGUUAGUGUUGGGUUGUGUACAGCUAAGACUGAGGGGGAUUUAGCUUGUUUGUUUUUAAACUAAGUCUUUGCUUUGUGUGACUGUGUGUUGAUACUUGCCAUAUAUGUGUGUUCUUGUAUGUGUGUGUGGGUAUAUGAGUGCACUUGUGCAUGCAACAUGAACAGAGAAAGAGUGCCUGCCUCAUAUUUCACCACAAAAUUGAGGCAGAAUCUAAUCAUAGCCUCAUAAAAGCCUGACCCUGGAGAGGGCCUGCCUCUUUAAGGCCUGACACGCACACAAAGACACGCACACACACACACACACAGGGGGACAUUUUGUAUCUUUGCCAGUUUGAAAAUGACGUUUGUGUGGACACAUGAAUACCAGGUUAUGUGAUUGUUCUCUGCCAAAUCUCAAUCUCUGUGACGCCGAGCUCUGAAGUCUCGCAAAGUUGACUUGAGUCCAUUUCACACACCAUCUGUUUUGUAAAUCCAGCCAGCUACAGAAAUCUGCAGGCAGUUUCCACGCUCAUGCAAUGAAAUGGCUCUUAAGUUUUAAUUAUCAUUCAUCAUUAUUGCAUCAGAUGCUGGACUUACAUGUGCAACUUAAAGCUGGCUUUAAACCUAGACUGAGGCACAGCAUGGGCAGCUUUAGUGUGCCCAUUUACAGUAAAUCCUGGAUUCACACAUGGCUUACUGCAAGCUGCACGCUUAAGGUGUUGAAUCCAGAAAUCAAGGCACGUCCAGUGGAAAUAUAUCUACAUCUAAAUUAGAGCCACACAUCUACACUAACAGAUAGUUUGAUUAAUUAUCAGAUACAAAAAAAAGGUGGUGUUUUGGUACGAUGUACUUUUCACGAAUAAUCAAGGAAUAGGACAAGAACCAAUAAAAAAAUUGUUUUCUUAAAAAAAAAAAAAAAAAAAAUCAGUGACCGUAAUGUGUACCCAUGUCUUAGCAUUUGCAUUAAAGUAUGUUUUUUAUCAAAUGGCAAAUAGCAAAGUUGUACAAGACCUACAGCAUUUCCCUCAGACACCUUGUCUUAGCAUGUAAAUUUAUACAUCUGCACUAAGCCGUAUGUACGUAGAGCAAGAUUCACAUUGACUGAGAGUGUGAAUGAAAGGGGGGCCAAGGGUGCUGAUGGAGCAGGGCCAUGAAGAGGGUCGGUAUGAAUAGGGUUGUAUAGACAGGGAGGGGGCAGGGUGAGACAGGGGAGGAGCAGAGGAGGUCGGGUUAGAGAGAAGGAGGAAACAAGACAAAAGUUUGCCAUAAUGAGCGUGGAAGAAGGGGCAGGCGGGUGGUGUGCAGAAGAAAGGCCUUUUCUGGGUGGUGGAGGAGAGGGGGGGAGUCAGGGUGCACUUGUGUCAGUUUAAACAGAGACAUCUGUCAGAGGGGGCCACCGUGUGUGUGUGUGUGAAAAAGAGAGAGUGUGUGUGUGUGUGUGUGUGUGUGUGUGUGUGUGUGUGUGUGUGUGUGUGUGUGUGUGUGUGUGUGUGUUUGUAUGUGAUUAGGCAGGCAAAGGCAUGACAGGACUUUAGCUGCACCUGGGGUGUGACCUCCUCUUUGAGGUCUCCUCUCUAACCACACUUCAACCUGCUGUCUAAAGAUAAUGGCCUUUUCACACUGACCACAGGGCAAAGCUGGAGCUUUAUUACACCAAAUUACUCUGUUGUAGAUCACCACACUUUACAAUGCUCCGUCCAACAGCAGAAGAAGAGAGGAGAAAAGGACAACAUGCCCUGUGUAGCCCUGUCCUCCCUGCUUCAUUAAGGACUGAUUUAGUCUUUUAUUAAUGACAUACUUUAGGCAUGUAUGUGGGAACAUGUAUGUCCUGGGGGAUAUAGCCUUAAAACCAAUAUCACCAUCAACUGAACAUUUGCCUCAUUUAGGAUCUUGUUUUGUUUUUGUUGUUUUCCCCCUCAUAUUCAUUGACUAGGUUCAUUUAUUUGUUUAUGGUUUAUUUGUUAGCGACAGAUGCAAUAUAAAUAGAUAAACUAGGAGCAGCCUUCCACUGCAAGUAUCUUAGAGUUAAUGGCAUAUGUUUAUUUGCAGCACCCGUCACCAGAAGGACUAUAAUGAAAUAAUGCAGAUUUAACUGUGAUGAUUUUUUUUUAAGUGGUUCAACUGAAUCCUUUUCAUUCUGUGUAGGGUUUGUAUGCACAUGUGUUAUUGACAGCUGCUUUGUGUAAGUGCUUGUUGCUAGGCAGGUGUCAGUCUCGCUAAUUUCCUAAACCACUGUUCAUUGAUUGGUGGUAUUACCAUUGGUGAUUGACUCGUGUUUGUUAAGUGUCUCUCGAAACAGUGGACACGAUAUUCUUCUUUGGUACAAGCUGCCUGAGUGGCUCAAGUCUUACAGUUCUCCUUCAGGGUCACAUGACCACACACAGAGUAGUAUUUUUAAGGGGACAAUGCAUCAGUGCACAAAGUGGAGAAAUCAUCAACCAAAUGUAAGUAUUAACAGACUUUAGAAAAUAGCAAAAAAAGAAACAAUUGACUUAAGCAAGAUUUUGAUUACUCUUCCAUCAGUCGCCCAGCUCUUGUAUAUGCAGCGUCAAAUGUCAAGAUUUAGGUUCAGUUAGAAUUUGUAGACCAGUCUGUUUAUUUUUAUGUUGGUUUUGAAGCAUAUUUUAAACAGUUGGAUGCAAAAUCGCGUUUCUUUUUUCUCUAUCUAGUGAAGAUUUUAAUGAUCGUAAGUGAGGUUGGUUCAUUUUUAAAGGACUCAUUGUAAAAACUCAUGAUAAAACUCAUUUCUGACUUUUUAUGAGCUCCCCUCAAAUUCUAAUGAAAGACAGUAAAGAUGUAAAAGCAGACAGUCUGCCCCAUUUAGCAGCAGGUGAAUCAAACAACAUUUACAGGACAAGCUUAGCAUUUCUUGGAUGGCUUAAGGUGUUAGAGAGAUCUUAAAAUACAGUCUUGGAUCCGAUCAGCGGAAAAUUAGCACCCUCAGCAGUGACUGCAGGCCCACAAAGUAUAUAUUAGGAGAUGUAAGUAUCUCUUAUGAGUUGUCCUAAAAUAAAAGAGAAGAUACACUUCUUCAGAAUAUGCUAAUAUUAAUCCAUUUUAAUGCUCAAAAGAAGUGAAAGUCAAUACGAGGCCUUUUUUUUUUACUUUCCAUUAAACCUUCAUGAGAAUUUGCAGCCAUUUACAUAAUUUUAUGAAAUCCUUCCUGACGCUGUAACUAUCUGAGCAUCCCAAAAAUGUGUCACUGCCGCUGUAUUGAAUGUAAUCUCACAUUUGCGAUUUUUGCAAUCAUGAAUUUGUAAGCCUUGGAGCAGCGUUUUAAUUCACCAGCUCAUUUCCCAAAGGACUUACACUCCCUAAAAUAGAAAGAAGGUCCAAGUGCAUAGGUCUAACAGUUAUCCGCUAUAGUGCUGCUGGAUUAUGUUGGACUAAAUCCAAAGGAUCAAAUUUCAGUGAGUGCUCCACCGCUGCAUGCAGAAUGCUCUCAUUGGGGUUUGACAAAAACAGCAUAAUAUUAUAGGGAUCAACAAGGUAGUUAGUUCUGCUUUAUGCAUGGUUUGAUGCCAUUACUAUGCAGAGUGAUAAAGACAGACAGAGAGGGAGCGAAAGGAGAGAGCAUGUUGGUAAUCCAUGCUCCAGUAGAGAGGCUGAUGAAGGGUUAACUGCCAGAUAAUGUAUUGAGUGGAGGAGAAGGAGGGCAGACUUCUCAGGUGUGAAGAAUGGAAUGAGAGAGACACUGAGAGAGAGAGAGGGAGGGAUGAGAGAAGGGGGAUGGGCCACUCACAAGCUUGUAUUAUGGUUGCAGGCCCCCCGUUGCCAGGCAACGGAGCAGAGCAAGAUGCCAGGUUGCUAGGUAACCUGAGAGAUGCAAAGCUUAGCUGGGUGUGAUAUAGUGAGACGAGACAGAGCAGAGGUGGGGUAGAGCUGUGCUGCUGGCUUGCUCCACCCUCACACCCACUCUCUCUCUCUGUGUUUCACAUGUCAAUGUCUAGAUCCAGCUGUGGAUCCGAACUGUAAUGAAGUUUCAUCAAGGAGACAGGGCGUGCUCCAGUGUGAGGGCCAGGUCUAAUAAAAUGUAAACACACUGACAAACACACAACAGCUUUUAGAGCCAUUCUGGCACUGAUGUUUAGAUAAAGAAGAAUCAUUCAUAAAACAGAUGUAACAUCAAAUACUGCUCAUUAAACUGGUUUUUAUGACAUGACACAGUUAUGUGAUGAUAAAGGACUGAAACUGUUUAUUCAUAUUUCUGGUACCAGUUUAACUCCUGAUCAUUUGAUUUGCUUAAGUGUUAUUUGUUUUAGCACAAGAGAAAAGGUUAAUAGUAAAGCGUUGAAUUGUCAUUUUCAGUGCACACUGUGAUUAACUUAACAUAUUUAAAACUAAAGGUUUUCACUAUUCCAUUGGUUGUGGUUGAAAAUGUUAAAAGUACUAGUAAAUAUCAGCUGAGUGACAGAAAUCAAAUCUCUCUACAAUCUCUCAUUUAUGUUCCACAAUGAAAUAUGUAUUUAAAUUAAAUAUGUAAUAUAAAUGUGUAUAUAAAUUCUCUGAGCUCAAUUUAUUAUUGGUGGAAAAAUUCAUUGAUGUGACCCUGGUCCUGAUUCUGGUUGCAUUACUUCCAUACAAAUCCAUAUUUAAUUGUCAAUAUCUUCUGAAAACACCAAUAACCAUACCCAAGGCUUAUAAGACAUCAUGUCAUAAGUUAUCCUGCGACCCACAUCCACGAUAACAUCAAAGUGAUUCAUUAUUGAUAUUGUAGUUUUAAGUAUUACUAGCAUUAAAACGCCAGAGGGCAAUUUCACUAUUAAUGGAGUGGAAACAAUAGACCUCUUUAUAUUCAUCAUCUUUUUAAUGAUUGUGCAUCCACUCUCAUUGGUUCUUAGGUUCUGCACAGAGAUUCUACCUUUUUCGACCCAGGAAAUUAUAUGACACAUGAAUAAAGUUUUAUGUGAAAAAAAAUCUAACACGACAAAGGGGACAUAUAUGGGUCAUUACUCUUGCUACUUAGCUCGUUUAAGGUUUUUGCAAAGUCACCAUGCUGGCUCACUCUAAUGAGUUUGUACAGCAUAAGCAAUGAUGGAGAAUAAGGGCAAAGUGAAAGAGAAGGGGAUAAAAACCGAGAAGGAAAUGGAUGGAAAACGAUGAAAAAGCAGGGAUGCCCAUGUCAUCGUCAGGAAGGGGAUGGGGGGAUUAUGGAGCUGAGAGUGGAAAGAGGGGAAAUCAAGGAUGGAGUGGAGGGAAAAAGGGAGAGAGAGAAAGAGAGAGAGAGAGAGAGAGAGAGAGAGAGGGGAAUAAUGCUAGAUCGUGGAAAGGGGAUAAAAAUAGUUUUCCUUUCUUGUGCACUCUGGAAAAUGGACAUCUGAAAUUGUGUGGAUGGAGUGUUCCAGAGGAAGAUGAAGGGGGGAAGGGUGAGUGAGUGACUGAGUGAGUAAGUGAGUGAGUGAGUGAGGGGAAGAGAUAAGAGAAAGUGACUGUACACACAUGCACACACAAUAGUCUUUUGUCACGCUAGAAUUACUUUAUAUUUCUGUUUGCGUGAACAUUUGUUAGUAUUGCCCUCUGAUGCUUCGAUGUCAUCAAAAAGGGAUUGAAAGACCAAAAAGAUAACAUUGAUUUAACACUGUACUUUAAUCCAUGUUCCAGAUCGUGCAUGUACACACACAUUUACAUACGCACACUUCCCCCUACCCUCAUGAUGUGGCGCAAUGGUUUGUUCCACUGAUUUUGUGUAGGUGGGGGAGGGGGGUGAAUACGAUUUGAUUGGAUAAUCCAAGGAUUUAAUAUCCCCUAAUCCUGGCACAAUCCUCUCUGCAUUACUGCAGGGAGUAAGAUUAACUGUAUGUGUGUAGUAUGUGUUUGUUUCUGCAUGCGCGAAAAGGGCGGGCAGGGUGCUCUGGGAGCGAGGAAAAGUGUGGUGUACACUGUGUGAUGAGUGCAUGUGUGUGUGUGUGCAUAUGUGAGUGUCAUAUACUGUGUGUGUGUAUUUGUGUUGGCACCACAGCAUGCAAAUGGAGCUGUGUUUGCAUGCAGAGUCUGGUCAGGCGUGAGUACGAGUGGACGUGCCUCAGCCGAGCGUGAGUGGUCAUGCAAGCUCACACAAGAUCAUAUAUCACAUAUCUGGCCCUCAUGCAUGGCUGAGCUGCUGCUGCUGCUGCUGCUGCUGCUUCUCACAUAUGAAUCCUUGGUCCUCAGAGAUACACAAACUCUCAGCAAAGGCUUCUUAGUAUGCAGCAGGACAGAUCAAACCAUGCUACAGUAUGAAGCCGGCUCCUUGUAGGAGCGCACGUUUGCAGAUGGUUACUGUUGAUUAAGUCUUAAUUGGAACGUGAGUAAUUAGAGGAUAAUUUGACUUGAAAGGAGCGUGAGGCUGUUCAUGUGUGUUGGAGUAUAGAAGGAGAGAAAAGACUGAGUAGAGUACAGUGUGACUGACUAGUAGGGACUGUACUUUAUUUGCAUUUUUCUCUCAAGGCUCAAGGGAAUUUUAAUUACUCUACUAUAAUAUAGAUUCAGUUCCCUCACCUUCUCCUUCUCCAUGUCUUCGCUCAGAGCCAAAUCACACUUAUUCCUCCCUUCCCACAUCUUAUUCUCAUAAAUUUUCCGUCCCGUUCAUUUUGUUCUCAUACAUUUUUACUAAUACUCACGGCUCAUUUGUCCCUGGAGAUAAAGCGGGUUAAGAAAAGAUAAUGAAGAGGAGAGCACGGAGCCAGCAAAGCGCUCCUCCAGCAUUAAAUUCUUUGUUUACCCGAAGAGCACAGCAGUCGCCCUUGGCAACCAGCAUCCUUGUUUACCUACCCAGUAUGCCGUCAUAUGAUUGCCAUGACAACAAGCGGGUUGCCAUGCCAAUUUUCCGAUGCCAUUGUGUUGUCUUUGUAGUGGCAGUGUGCACCCUCACCUGCCAUCUUGUGUUCAGACUCUCAGCUUUUUUUCUCCAUCAUCACCUGCUUCUUUUUUUUUUACAGCAUAAUAUGAAUUUUAGAUCAGGUGGUUACCUUGUCAGAAACGCAAAGGUCAUUGUAGUUCAAGCAAAUACACACACUCUCACACACUCACAAACAUUCUCAGAAACACACUGAUCAGCUUUGAUUGAUAAGCCGUAGUUGGCAAUCAUUAGGUGCCCGUGUUCGUCCUGUUUUACGAUCACAGGGAUGAGCUUGAAUAGGCCUAAUGAGGGAAGAAAUGGAAGAGGUGAUGGAUGGAGAGACGGGUAGAGAAAGGGUUAGUGGACACAAAUCUCGCUACAAUCAGCCCGCGCUACAACACGGCCCCGAAUCAAUGAACAAGACGGGACUGAUCGAUGAGUUGAUAGCAGAAGAUGGAUGGCAGCGUGGAUGGACAGCAAUAGCACCAGAUCUGGGAUAUGAUGGAUGGAUGGAUAGAUAGAUGGAUGGAUGGAUAGAUAGAUGGAUGGACGAGUGGACAGUGUUCAACUGAAAGGGUGGGUUGUGUGAAUUUUCUGUACAUUUUACUCUAACGCUGAUAGCCCCUGUCAGUUCAGGUGUGUAAGUGGAAAAAAUGAGCGCUCCUCCUGCAGCGGAUCUUAGGUGUGUGAUUCUCUUGUACUCUGAGUGUAUGUGUGUCCGUAUGAUGGCCUUGCACGGAUCAAUUCCUCUGUGGUGACAGCUAAGAACUGAUUAAUCAAAUGUAUGGACCAGUCCCUCUCUGCUCUGCCCUCUCCUCAAUUACCAGCUUCAUUACAUUGCCUUAACACCCCACUGGGACCUUUCUCCAGUCCUCCUCCUCCUCCUCAUCCCCUCUUUGCACAGCCUCCCUCCUCCUCCUCCUCCUCCUCCUCCUGUUUGCCUUCUAUCAUCCUGUGUUCCUCCGUCUCAGUUUUUCUCCUCUGUGUCUUUGAAUAACACUCGCAAAAUACAUCAUAUGUUGAUGCAAAUCAGUAUCUGACUGGCUGCAAGACAAAGUGCAUUUUUGUCUUUGUUGUGGGGAAGUUGAGGUUAAAACUGACACCCGAUGAUAACAGUGUUUAUAUGAAAGUAAAGAAAUGCUGCUGAAUGCUUAGAGAGGAAAAUCAGUGUCAAAUCAGUGUCCCUCCAGAUCUCCUUCACCUUCCUUCUUGCUCCGUUUCAUUUGUCUUCACUCAAUUCCUCUCACCCCUUCCCUCUUUUCAUCACCAUCAUACUGCAGCCCUUCUCCUCCCCCACCCCAUCCCCCUGGCAUUAACACUGUCUCAUGGCUUCAGUACUAUGACUAAGCAAUGUGUGUGUGACCGUGUGCAGUAUGCAUUUGUGGCAAACCUGUGCGCCUGCAGAUUUUACAUGCACCGAGGGGCUUCUAAGAGCACACACAUGCACAAGUUAGCAAAGAUUUCUGUGGUCGUGACAUUUUUUUUUUAGACAGUUGGAGUCACGACUGAAUCACGCCCCUCUCCUCCCUCUCUUUCUCCCUCUCAUGGUUCGUUUUGAAUCAUCCUCUCAGGGGCAGCUUUGCUUUCAUCCUCCCACUCUCUGUCUCUCUGUCUCACUCCUCAUUUAAUGCCUCUUUUUCCAUCCAUCCCAUUCACUCUCUCCGUUCCUCUUGGCCUUCCAACCUGCCCUUUCCAAGCGGCCGAAAUCGGUCGGGGGUCCCCCAGGCUUCUCAAUUUCUCUGUUCCUCGUUCUCCAUCCUUUUAUUUUUAGCUGACUGUGCCUGUUCCCUUCACACACUUGUCAUAUCAUCCUACUACAAUAACCCCCCCCCCACCCCCACCCCCACCCCCAACCCCACCCCCACUCUCUCACUCUACUCUCUAUCUCAAUCUACUCUUGUCCCUCAUCUAAUCCAAAGUUCUUGUGUAAUCCAGAUCAGCUGGCCUGCAUUCUUAAUCUCGUCACUUCUCAAUCCCCCUUCUCCAUUCUAUGUGUAUGUGUGUGUAAGUGUGUGUGUAAGUGUGUGUGCCAGAGUUAGACAGAUAGUAAGAUUGUGUGUUUUGACAAAGAAAGAGAGCAGCUUGGGACAGAGUUUGGACGCACCUGUCACCUGCUGACCUUGAUUUAUCAGUGGCGUAAAAACACACGGACAAACACACACACACACACACACACACACACACACACACACACACACACACACAGUAUCUAUAUUGUUCAAGUUUGUAGAUUUUCCUUAUUUAAAAUUUUGACUUGUUGCUUGAAAGAUUUGGCAACAACACAACAAAAAUAAUUAUCUUGUCGUAAAUGCAGCGAUACUUUUCAACGAAGAAAAUAACCUUUUACUUUUUGGGAUAAAAGAUUUCUCUUCUUAAUGGGAAUGUGUUUUUUGUCAUUUAAUGCAAACAAAGUUGAAAUCUGGUAAUUUUACGACAGCCUAUCUUAACGAAAAUAUUCAACUUUUUAAACUUUGAUUUGAGUAAAAAACUUAAAGUUUGUUUUUGAUGAAAUCUACUGACAUAUUAUUAAUGAUGGCAUUAAUUUCCAAUUUUACAAACACAACAUAUCACCUGCCCUUGUGUGGCUUUAUCAAAGACGGGCCUCUGCUCUAUUGAAGUGAUCUGUUCCAUUCAGUCGAGACCUUUAUUUGCAUUUUAUCAACUUUAUGUUCAAUCAUUUUCCAUAAAAAAACACAAAAAAGAAACGAUCUGUUUUUAUCUCGACCAUGUGAAAUAAAAACAAUCAUAAUAAAGAAACACAAACCUCUUUGGAAAAGUUACAUUCCUUUCAUUAUUUUCACACAUUUUCCUUUUUAGAGGAAAACGAACCUCUGUCCAAAAGUGUCAGGGCCCUUAUGUUUCUUUCUUCAAACAUCAAAAACUUAAUCGACUUGCCCGGAUCACUUCUUGAUAGCUGAGUGAUUUUCUGGUCCUCCGCCUCUGUCAAUAGAAGAGAUGUCCUGUGCUAAAGCAAAUAGAGAGAACUGUUUGUGUCGACCAUCUGUGUUUAUGUUCCUUCUUGGUUGUCCCUCAGAUGAAUCGGCCAAUCCAGGUGAAACCAGCCGACAGCGAGGGCAGAGGAGGUGAGACAUGCACCUAAAAAUAGCACACGCACAAACACACACACAUUUCAGUGUGUCAGUGGUCAAAGCUGUUGACUUACUUGGACCUCUUCUUUAAGUAAAUACACUCUCACGUACAUGUUGAAAUCACUAUUCUCCACUCCCCUCCAUUAUCAUUGACUGUGGUCAAGACUGCACCCUGCUGGACACAAAUGGUAGCUUCCAUCUAAAGACAGAUCAACUUCUAUUCACACUGACUCUAUAUUCUUAUCAAAUGAAAUACGACCAGACAUGAGGUAAUAAAAUUCAUUUCAUAUCCUCCUUUCCUCUUUUUUUUUUUAAAUUAUGAUUCUCAGAAGACAGAAAGUUGUUUGUGGGCAUGCUGGGAAAGCAACAGAGUGACGAGGAUGUCAGAAGGCUGUUUGAGCCUUUUGGAAGCAUAGAUGAGUGCACUGUGUUGAGAGGGCCCGAUGGGACCAGCAAAGGUAAAAGACAACCUGCAUGUAGAUGAAUUAUCUUAUUGCAUUUAGCGCUACACUGUAAUUUAACAUUGUAUGUGUGUGUGUGCUGAAAGUGACUUUGUUUCGUUUCAGGGUGUGCUUUUGUAAAAUUCCAAGGACACGCUGAAGCCCAGGCUGCCAUCAACAGCUUGCAUGGAAGCCGCACAAUGCCUGUAAGUUGCAUGUAUGGGAUUACAAGUGAUUUAAAACAGUCACACAAAGGGUGAGCACACAUUACAUAAUGGUUAUAUGGCCUUCAAGGCUAUGUACAUAAAGUCACAUGGCAGAAUCUACUCCAGGAUGACCUCACUAUGAUCAUACAGAGGAAAUUGAGGCAGAAGCUGCACAGAGACAUUAAAACACGGAGGAGGAAAACACAUUACUGCAGCUGAAACUUUGCAUCUGUCUUCAUCCUUUAACCACACAGGGAGCGUCGUCCAGUCUGGUGGUGAAGUUUGCAGACACAGAAAAGGAGCGGGGGCUGAGGAGGAUGCAGCAGGUGGCUUCCCAGCUCGGCAUCUUCAGUCCAAUGACCCUCAACUUCCCCGCCUACAACGCAUACACGCAGGCAGUCAACGCGCAGGCAAGCAGUGCACCAAUGCAUAUACAAAACACUCACUGCCUCACACACACAUGUACACACUAAGUUUUUAAGGGGAGUGCUGUGCUUAUGAAAGGAUGUAAUAAGUUUGAAGAGGCUAUCAGUGGUCUAAUUGGGGAUAAUGUUAUUACACAGACAACAGAACAUACGUCAUCUGGCAUUAGCUUUCCCGCAACACACAACCAUUAACCCACUGACUCAGGACAUAAUGGCCUUGUAAUUAGAUCUCUAUUCAUCUGUUCCUCCAUCACUCCUUCUCCAUGUCCCUCCCUCUCAUUUUUCCCCCCCUUUUAUGUCUCUCUCUCUCUUUUCCCCAUGUCUACUUUACUGUUUUCUGUCUUACCCUCUUUUUUCCUCCAUAUUUUUCCUUCCUUCUGCCCCCCCCUGCUGUUCUUCCUCAAUCCCCUUCCUCCCUAUUUCUGUCUGUUUCCUUCCCUGUCUGCAGCUUGUCCAACAGCAGGCCCUGGUUGCCCAGUCAGCCUACUUGUCUCCUGUGGCAACAGUUGCCGCCGUACAGAUGCAGCAGAUGGCAGCGCUCAAUGCCAACGGAAUCAUUGCCACACCCAUUACACCCAUCACACCGUCCUCGGGUAGGCUUACACAUGCCGUGCAUUCUCAGUUACACUUUUGAGUAUUGUUAUGUUUCUAAGGAGUAUUUAAUAGCUGUGAAUUUGAACUGGAGUCACUGAACUAAUAGAACUGCUUUAAGCAUUUAAAAAAGAGUGCACAAGAGAGAAAGAGAGGCACUUACAGAAAUUUAAUAUGUCACCUUUGUUUGUAGGUACAAACACUCCGCCAACUAUCGCAGCAACACCUGUACCAGCUCUUCCUCCUCCCAUGGGAGUGAAUGGUUACAGCAGUGUGCCCGCUCCCACUAAUGGACAGCAAGCAACAGAAGCACUAUACACCAAUGGUGUUCACCCAUAUCAGGGUAAGUUCCUAAACUCUCAGAAGCUUGCAGGUGCAGCUGUUGAAAAGUGGAGGAUGUUUUAUCUCAUAAAUAGUAUUUUUCUUCUUUUUCUUUAGCUCAGAGUCCAGCAGCAGCCCUGGACCCUCUACAACAGGCAUAUGCAGGCAUGCAACACUACACAGGUUGGUGUGUGGACAGAUUCAAGCGCUGACCAGAUGAUGCAAUUUUGCUCGAGUUCCUAAAUCACUUCACAUGAAGUAAUGAUAUAAAGUAACGGAAGCAAAAGAAGCAAAUGGAUAGACAAAGAAAUGGUUAAAAGAAAAUAACUUUGUGAACAGGCAUACAACCAAAAUGUAAACAAGUGGAAAGAAAAUGAAGCUCAGCUAAUGACACCUUCUCACUGCCUCAUGUUGCAUGUUAAUGUCCUCAUUUAAGAGCACUUCAUUUAUCAAAUUGCUUCACAUACGCAGAAGAGACCCCAUUUUUGCUGUGUUAAUUACAACUGUCAUUGACAUUACACCUCAUAAGCAUUAAAUAUCAUGUCUUAGUCAAAUUAAUAUGCAGAUGAGCAGACAGUUCAUGUAAUAGCUUAAUUUACAACUCUUGGAAAUGAGGACUAAGAAAGUCAAACUGUCGGAUUUCAGUUUGACCGCCUUUUGUUGGAGGUUGGAUUCGUCUGAUUGAAUUUCUGUGAUUCACAAAGCACACAGUACUGUCUGGUGACAAUGUUUAAAGGCUAAUCACACAUUGACACCAUCAAGUCACACCUAUGCAUACAAAGGUCAUUCCAGUGGACUUAAGGUGAACUAUACUGCGUGGAUACCAGACUUAGACCAACACUUAUUGUUUAGACUCGCUCCAUUUAACUGAUACAGUUAAUAGUUUUAACCUUCAGCAGGAGACGUCUCAGUUCAAGUGAAAAGGCUUGAUUGGAUGCUGCUGUGUUGCCACCUGUUGUUUUUACCCAAUCACACUUUGUUACUGUCUCUCCCAAUAGCAGCGUACCCUGCUGCCUACGGAUUGGUCGGGCAGCCGUUCCCCCAGCAGCCAACACUGGUUGCCCAGCAACACCAGCAGCCCCAGCAACAGCAGCAAAGAGAAGGUGAUGUGACUUCCUGUCUGUCUGGGGGCCACACCCCUCUCGCCAGUGAUCCUGUUUAAAGUUGUUUAUCAGAAGGGUUUCACUGCAUGACAUCAUUUAUCAUACACUGCCUAAUGUGUAUAUGUGCAUGUGUGUGUCUCAGGUCCAGAGGGCUGUAACAUCUUCAUUUACCACCUGCCUCAGGAGUUCAGUGAUUCUGAGAUGCUGCAGAUGUUCCUGCCCUUUGGCAAUGUCAUCUCGGCGAAGGUGUUUGUUGACCGAGCCACCAACCAGAGCAAAUGCUUCGGUGAGACAUGCAGACAGUGGGGGAGGGAAGACGGGGAGAAGUGGGGAGAGCAGAUGUACUGGAGACUCAAAAGGACAAGGAAAACACAGGGGUGACUUUGUGUUCGAUGAGAUAUUGCGUCAGUUUUAUUAUCCAGUCUUUAGUACAUCGAGACAAAAGGACUGUGUGAAGAAAAACUUUGUCUGUUACAAAAUGUACAAAGUUUUUUUUCCUCCCUCCCUAGGAUUUGUAAGUUUUGACAACCCCGCCAGCGCUCAAGCUGCCAUCCAGGCCAUGAACGGCUUCCAGAUCGGCAUGAAGAGACUGAAAGUUCAGCUUAAAAGGCCCAAAGAUGCCAACCGCCCAUACUGAGUGACAACUGAGAGGAUGAAGAAGUGAUGAAAUAGAGGUGAGAGUGUGGUGAACAGGUGAUAAGUGUCAUGUAUAAAGAGAAGUGAGUUGUAUGUUGGGGAUAAGGAGGAUGAAAUUAGCUCAGUGAGAAAAAAAAGGGAAAAGGGCUGCAUUAGGUUUUGCACUGAAAUGCUAAUUUAUGGUACUACAUUAGAAAGAGAAAGCUAAACAUGACACAACAAUGAAUGAAAGUUGGGUAACUGGUGUAGAAAAACAACUUCAUCAACCCAGGAAAAAAAAUACUAAAAUAUUGUUUUCCUUUUUAUUUUCUAUCACAAUCUUAUUUAUUUUCUUUCCUGCUGUUUUGAUCUUUUCCUGAAACGGCAACUUACCUCACCCAAGAACCUUCCGUCCAAUCAUAAUUCACGAGGACCCCAUCGCUAUGGCAAUGGUUGCCUAGUGACUGAUAAAGCCCCGACCCCCCCUUCCUCUCGCAUUGUUGUAAGUUGAUUGGUUGGCCUGUGUUUGGGUUGCUGUGGCGAUUGAUUGCCUGUGUUGGUUGCCCUUGGCAAUUUUUGUUCUGUCACCUCGAGCAACCAGCCAUGCGUUGACCUGCAUGUCCUGUUGCUGUAGUGACCACAGACUGUGUUUGGUGCAUUGUGACUUUAUUUUGUAUUGACCUGUGCACAUACUGAUCAAUAACUGUCAAUAGCCAGGACUGUCCUCAGAAUCAAUUGAUUGAAUUGGAUCUUUGAUACACUUAAUCAUUGUACAGUAAUCUGAUCAAUUCUGUAGCAACGCUUGUUCCUUUUUUGCAGCUUUGUUUUUGAUCAGUUUCUGUAGUGUUCUGUUUGGUGUCAUUAUUUUUUGAUCAAAUUGUUUGGGUAAAGUAGUGAGCGUGGGCAUCUAUGUGUACAUAUGUGUCUGUGUUACACUGUUAGUGUGUAAUACAGGAGUGCAUCAUAUUUACUGUUGUACUGGUGUCUGUACAGAGAGGUUAUCAAGAGGUUUCCAUAGAGGACUGGUGGAGGAAUAUAGACUACAGUGUACUGUAAAAUGUGACAUUUAAUGAGUUUGGGGAAACUUUUAAAAUGAUUUUAUGAUACAUACAACAGUGUCAUGCCAUGAUGGACAAGAGGCCAUGAAAUAAUUAUGCCUUUAAAAAUGGCCACAAACCGGACUAUACAUGCUAGGAGAGACAGGAACAGUAAAGGGCUAAUGAAGCUUAAUGACUGAAGCACACAAUUUUGGGGAGAGCAUGCAUCUUGUUGAGCUGUACUCUGAUAGGCUGAAUUUAUAGUCCUGGAUUCUUAAUAAAUACACUGUUUUAUGUGGCACUUCAGUUUUUUGCUCCUGUGUUUCUCUACCUCUGCGUUAUUUUUCAUCUUCUAUCACUGCUUUUGUGGUGUUUCCUCCCUCCUCCCCUCACUACUUCCUUCCCCCUCCUCCUCCUCCUCCUCCAGUCUCCUUAUCCCCUCCUAAUUGUCCACCCCUUCUUUUGCUGUCAAAAUCUUUCUUCUCUUCUCUUCAUCCCAACCUCCUUUCUCUGUCCCUGUAGCUCGUGUUUUGAGGUAAAAGAUAUGUGGUUGUUAUGGUGGAAAAACAAGUGCCUCUUGCUUAUUGGAGAACAGCCUUCAACUAUAGGAAUUCUGGGAGAAAUUAAACACAUAGAAAUGAUCUUAUAAAUGUACGUAAAUUCAAUCCUCCAAAAACUCUAACCUUUACAAAGAGUAGCAAGUGUGUAGCUGCUGUCAGGUCGACGUGUGGACACAGUCACAUGACAGCACACAUUAUAAAUAAAGGAUCCUGUUUCUAUUUCCAGGCAAAGUUUUACAUAACAAAUCCUUGUGGAUAAUAGCAAGUAAUCUGCAAUCAUUUCAAUUAUUUGAAGAUGUUACUAUCAUAUGAUCACUUGAAACUGCUGUCAGCCAGAUUAAGUUAAUCACCCAGAAUUUCUAUACUGCCAAUGCCAGAGAGUGAUGCAUGUCAGUAGUAGUGUUUGCUUGCCAUGAUCAAAGGCACACGAGCGCAGCACAUGUUUAUCAAGUUAAGCACACACAUAGAUGCAGAUACCAGAGCUUUUGAAAGUACAUACGCAAACCUUCAGACACACACUUUCAAUCACACACGAGGGACUAUGACAAACGGAUUUUCACUGUAUUGAGUUGCAUGAUACAGACACUGUGUAUGUAUAUGUUCAAGCACCAUGAUUUAUUGCUGUUGAGAGACGAGCUUUUCAACUGUGAAUGAUGUCUUCUUGUUUAACUCAGCAAAACGAAACUGAAAGAAACACAUAAGCUAGGGGCAUCCUGAGCUGCAGUUUGCUGCAAAAUGUUGAGUGCAGUUUAAGUCAUGUCUACAAGAGUUAUUUAUCUAUUUAUUUUUGUUUAUUUACUUUUUGAAGGGGGCAUGUUUGGCCAGUUGUACAGAUGAUACUGUAACAUGAAGUUCUGUUGAGUUCAUAAGUCUGAUCUCUAACAUCCGCCCUCCUCCUCUGUCCCCCUCUCUCUCUCUCUACCUCUGCACUCUCCCUCCCUUCACAGGUAACCUUUCAGAGGCCAGCUGAGGUGGAAUCCCAGGGUUCAUAGUGCUUUCAGACUGUCUGCUACCUUUGAGCAUCCGGGGAGUGCAACCACACACACACAAACACACACAAACACACACUGAUACACAUAAAUACACAUGCACUCUCAACACUGAAGCUCAGUAGGUACAAGGCCGGUAUACAAAUGUACAUAAAAUGCACAAUCACACACACACACACACACACACACAUACACACACAAACACACACACAGUUGACACAAGUCAGUAAUCUUACAUUAACAGCCCAGAGCUUGGUUCAACCAUGGCCUGUGUGCAGUUUGCCGACAGGGUGUUUAGUACAGUUAAGAUGACUCUGACCAAGCAUGUAUGGAGGGUACUGAUGAAAAAUGCUGAUAUAUCACUACAAUAGACUUUAACAUGUCUAUACCAUGUCUAUUACUGACAAAUAUAAAGGGGCCGAUGUUUCAUAAUAAAAAAAAAGACAGAAAGUACAAAAAAGACAAUUAAAUGAGUAGGUUAGAGAGACUUUGAAGAAAAUCCUAAUGAUGUGUAAAUAAUUUAGUUUACAAAGAGCAGCAUUUAAAAAACAAGAAAAAAUGCAAAAAGAAUACUACUUUAGAUAAACACUGGACAGGACACAGCGACAUUAUUAUUAUUAUGAUUAUUAUUAUUAUUAUUAUCAUUAUUAUUAUUAUUACCACUAGUAACAUCAUCAUCCUCAUAAAGGGAUAUUACAUUCCAAAAUGUAAAAUGGGAAAUCACUAACCUAUUUUAAAUUUCUACUUAGAUUUUAGGUGAAACUUGGGGGAGGGGGGAUUGCACUUUUAUUCGGGAGGUUUUAAUAUUUGAGCUAUUUUUUAUUUAUUUACUAAUUUAACAAUUAUUUUGUUUAUUGGGAGAAGGGGUUUGAGUGGGUUGCAAUAUUUUGAUUUUAGAAUUUUCUAGAGAAAAACCUUUUGAGGGCCUGUUUCUGUCAGACUCCUGCAAUCGAGUAAUUAAAAUGUAUGUAUUAAUUAUUACAGCAAUUAUAUUUAUUUCUAAUUUAUUGAAUCCUGUUUUUGAUCCACUCUCUUUUUAAGUUAAAAUAAAAAGUGUCAUACGAAAAUGUUCUUA